AGGCGCUCGUGUUGCUGUUGGAACGGGCCUUGAGCUGAUUCCUUCUGCUCGUGACUUCGUGGGUGCUGCCAUAAGAUCUUUGCACAAGGGUCCAUUGGUGUGACGCUUGGAUACCCCCUACCCACUCCCACUGCACCAUCAUCUGUUGUGAUGAAUACUGCGCUCCGCCACAAGGCCUCCACAGUGUCCCAGCGCCCGGCUGCCAGGAGACGAACCAAAAACUUUAAAAAGCGUUACCCUUGUAGCACCGAAAGUAUCUGACUGCCAUCGAAGCCAUGGCAACAGACUGCGUGGCAGAGCCUGCCAUGGAGGCGGCCAAGGAGUGUGAGAGCACGCCUGAUCCCCCAGCUGGCCAUACAGGACCGGUGGAACAGGCCAGUGACUCUGAGAGGCAAGGCGGCGGAGGUGAGCCCAUGGCAAAGGUCGCCCGGCUAGUAACCGAUGAGGGCUUGCCCCUGCUUCUGGCUUCCGACUCACUGGAACGAUCGGAAGGGUGCCAAGUCCUGGUGACAUCUGACCUCCCCGUGACCUCUGACCUUGGCAGCCCUUCAAGAGAUGGAGGCGUGCAAUUGGUCGAGGAGGAGGAAAAAACUAACGGCGGCCAAGAGACGGAAUGUCAUCCUGACCACCUGGAGCCGGAUAAAAACGGCAAGAGUGAAGCGGAGACCAUGCAAACAAGUGAGAGUGUGGCUGAGCAAUGCACUGAAGGUGAUACCGUCUACUACCAGGUGGGAUACGAUUUCACCCAAGUGCCUCAGCUUGUCUCGGGUGCGUGGAAGGAGUACACAGGAGUGGCAGAGAAUUUCCUGAAAGGCUGCAAGUGGGCUCCGGAUGGUUCUUGCAUUCUGACCAACAGCGCUGACAACACACUGCGGAUCUUCAACCUCCCCUCUGAGCUGUAUAACGGGAAGUGGGAUGACCUGCCCGAAAUGAGUGCUGUAUUGCGUAUGUCUGAGGGAGAUACCAUAUAUGAUUAUUGCUGGUAUCCAGUCAUGUCCUCGAUGGCUCCUGAGACCUGUUUCUUGGCCAGCAGCAGCCGCGACAACCCGAUUCACAUCUGGGAUGCAUUCUACGGGGACCUGCGGGCGACAUUCAGGCCUUACAAUCACCUGGAUGAGCUGACGUCUGCUCACUCUCUCUGCUUCACACCUGAUGGGGCUCAGCUGUUCUGUGGCUUCGACAAGAUGGUGAGGGUGUUCGAGACGUCUCGCCCAGGCCGGGAGUGUGAGAAGAGACCAACGCUGGUGAAAAAGCAGGGGCAGACCGGGAUCAUCUCAUGCAUCGCCUUCAGCCCUGAACAUGACCUGUACGCCUGCGCCUCCUACUCGAAGACGGUGGGGCUGUACUCCCGGGACAAGGGGAUCGUGCUGACCAUUCUGCAGGGCCACCAGGGAGGGGUGACACACGUGAUGUUUUCACCCGAUGGAAACCUGCUUUAUACUGGAGGGCGGAAGGAUCCCGAAAUUUUGUGCUGGGACCUACGCCAGCCUGGCAAAGUGCUGUUCUCCAUGCUACGCUCAGCGACCACCAAUCAGAGAAUGUACUUCGAUUUGGAUCUUUAUGGGCGCUAUGUAGUCAGCGGGAACACAGAGGGAACAGUUUCCGUGUGGGACACCACGUUACCGCCGGCUGAGGGGCCAGACUCUAUCCUAGAUCCAAUUCUUCAGUUCCACACUCAGCAGGACUGUGUUAAUGGGAUAAGCCUGCACCCGCACAUGACCCUGUUGGCCACGACCUCGGGGCAGCGCAAGUUUCCGGAACCAGCCGAGAGCGAGGAUGAGGGCAACGGGAUCCUGAUGACACACCGCAACAUCAGGGCUGAGAACUCCAUGAAGCUGUGGCUCUGCUCUCAGCGGCCUUCCCUGGCGACACAGGCCGGCUAUCCAGGAAGCAACUUGCAAACCAAGGGCUCUGUGUUGGAGCUAGAUUAACUGGUGCUCAUAGCGCUGCCUUGUGUAUGGUAGAGAGGGGGUGGGGGGGUG